AUAGCAUUGAGAGUCAGUGGUCUGGUUCCGUUCCGUGGCUGUCUUCUUUGUUUUCAUCGUUUUCUUGUAAAGCUCUUCUCAAAGCGGCAGCCAUGGCGGUUCUUCAUCCUUCCUCCUCUAGAUCUUAUCAUAUCCUCUCUAAUGCCUACCACACUAGCUUCCAUCACCAUCAUCAUCAUAACCAUCACCAUCAUCAUCACCCUUCGCUUGUGAUCUUCUGGUGCCUCGUGAUUUCUCUGUUAUCUCCUCUCGCUGUUUCCUCUUCAUCCUCCUCGUCUUCUUCCUCCGCGUCGUCCUCGUCGUCGUCUUCUCAAAUCUCCCUCGGAAUCGGUGAAACGGAAGGGACGAAGCAAGAUCUGCAUCUGUCGAUCCUCAGGGACGAAUCUGUGGCAAGGUUACACGAGCUUGGACAGGUGAGUGAUGCAGCUACCCAUUUAGAGAGGACUUUCAUGAGUCCAGCAUCCAUAAGGGGAAUAAAACUUCUUCGUGAAUGGAUGGAAGAUGCCGGUUUAUCAACAUGGGUUGAUAACAUGGGGAAUGUACAUGGUCGAGUGGAACCAAAGAAUGGAAGCACGCCGGCACUUCUUAUUGGUUCUCAUAUGGACACUGUUAUUGAUGCUGGUAAAUACGAUGGCUCAUUAGGCAUAAUCUCUGCUAUCUCUGCAUUGAAGGUUCUGAAAGUAAAUGGGAAGUUGGGGGAACUAAAGCGACCUGUUGAGGUGAUUGCGUUUAGUGAUGAGGAAGGUGUGAGAUUUCAAUGUACUUUCCUAGGUAGUGCUGCUCUUGCUGGUAUCAUGCCAGUUUCUCGGUUGGAGAUUACUGAUAAAAGUGGUAUAACUGUGCAAGAUGCUUUAAAAGAAAACUCCAUAGACAUAACAGAGGAAAAUCUUAUGCAGCUCAAGUAUGAUCCUGCUUCUGUUUGGGGCUAUGUAGAGGUAAUAGAGCCCUUUCAGUUAUACAUACAAACUAGUAUGUUGAUUACUGAUUGGUGUAUUCUCAUGCAGGUUCACAUUGAGCAAGGGCCUGUGCUUGAAUAUGUUGGUUAUCCACUAGGAGUAGUAAAAGGUAUUGCAGGACAGACUAGACUCAAGGUUACUGUAAAAGGCUCUCAAGGACAUGCUGGAACGGUUCCAAUGUCACUGCGUCAAGAUCCUAUGACUGGUGCUGCCGAACUCAUUGUACUAAUGGAGAGUGUUUGCAAAAACCCUAAAGAGUACUUAAUUUGUGAAGGCCAAUGCAACGAGGAGACAGUAGAGUCCCUUGCUAAUUCACUUGUUUGUACAGUUGGAGAAAUCUCUACAUGGCCAAGUGCUAGCAAUGUCAUCCCAGGACAGGUAACUUUCACUGUGGAUUUACGUACAAUAGAUGACGUAGGACGCAAUGCUAUCCUCCAUGACUUAUCAACUAGGAUGUACCAAAUAUGUGACAAAAGAUCGCUUUUGUGCUCCAUUGAACGAAAGCACGACGCAGACGCAGUAAUAUCAGACCCUCAUUUGAGUUUACAGCUGAAAUCAGCAGCUCAGAGUGCUCUUAAGAAGAUUACAGGAGAGGUCCAAGACGAGGUCCCUGUGCUAAUGAGUGGAGCAGGACAUGAUGCUAUGGCUUUGUCUUACUUAACUAAGGUUGGGAUGUUAUUCGUUCGGUGUCGUGGAGGAAUAAGUCAUUCUCCGGCAGAACAUGUCCUGGAUGAUGAUGUUGGUGCAGCCGGUUUAGCCAUCUUGGAGUUUCUAGAGUCUCAAAUGUAAUUUAUUUUUUCAUAAGAAUGAAAAAAAAUAUAUGAGACACAAAGUGGAGUCUUGUGUCAUAGAGACUCCGUGAAUGUACAGUGUCAUUUGUUGUGUUAUUUGUCUUUCUUUGGGACUAAAUGCAUUUGUAUAGAACUAUAUCCGAUUUAGUUUAAAUGUAUGAACAUUGUUAGCUUAUA